ACAACAUUUUCAAGUGAUGGCGGUUUAUUUAGUAUUCGAAUCUGUAUCUGCUAUCCACAAUUAAUCAGUAGGAAGUAAUUAUUGUUAUUUAUGUUGUGCGUUAAAUGUGCAUUGCAACAUGUCGAUCAGUUCUACAGAAAGCAUAGCAAGCCGUUUUGUUCGACUGAAUCAACUAUUGCUAGGGAAAUCUCACUGUAAUCUUCCAAAAAAAUACCUAGCUCAUAGAGAUGGGCUCCUUGAUGCUUUGUUUGCCCUCUAUGAAGAGUGCAGUGCGGAGUAUUUACGGAAAGAUAAGCAUAUUGCUGAUUUUGUUGAUAAAUACAAAGGUGUUAUGCUUGAAUUAAAAUCUUUAAGAGUCAACUUGAAAGAUUUUGAAGUGAAGAAAAUAAUUGGCCGUGGUCAUUUUGGAGAAGUUCAAGUUGUACGAGAAAAAGCAAGUGGUGACAUUUAUGCUAUGAAAGUACUAAGAAAACUGGAAACACUGUCACAAAAAAAUGUAGCAUUUUAUGAAGAGGAAAGAGAUAUUAUGGCUAAAUCAAACAGUCCCUGGAUAACUAAGCUCCAAUAUGCAUUUCAAGAUUCCCUGAACCUGUAUCUGAUAAUGGAAUUUCACCCUGGAGGAGACAUGCUUUCUUUACUUGAGAAGUACGACAAUGUGCUACCUGCAGAUAUGUGCCAGUUUUAUUUGGCAGAAUUGGUUUUAGCAAUCCAUAGUGUGCAUACAAUGGGAUAUGUUCAUAGGGAUAUUAAGCCUGAUAAUAUACUUAUUGAUCUGACUGGUCAUAUUAAGCUAGCAGAUUUUGGUUCAUCAUCAAAAUUAAAUCAUAACAAGCAGGUAACUAGUUGUAUGCCUGUUGGUACUCCAGAUUAUGUUGCACCUGAAGUUCUAGUUGCUAUGAAUCCAGGUCCAGCAAAUAAGAGCUAUGGAAUUGAAUGUGAUUGGUGGUCUUUGGGUAUUGUAGCAUAUGAAAUGAUCUUUGGUUCAACACCCUUCGCAAACGAGAAAUUGCUUGUUACAUAUAACAACAUCAUGCACUUUGAGAAAUCUUUAACAUUUCCUGAAGAUUCUUCUGAUGUAUCAGAGCUCUUUUUGAAGUUAAUCAGAGAGCUUUUGCAAGGUGCUUCAACUCGUCUAGGAUAUGAUGAACUCAUUGUUCAUCCUUUGUUUACAGAUAUAGAUUGGAACAAUAUUCGUCACAAUGCUCCUCCAUAUGUACCCACUGUUACAAGUGUAGAUGACACUUCAAAUUUUGACGAUUUUGAGCCAGAAAAUAGAGCUUAUGUAGGAGAAUUAAAAGUAGUGAAAGAAUUCAGUGGGAAAAAUCUACCGUUUGUUGGUUUCACAUACACAACUCCCAUAGAAACAAUGAUGGAGAAUUCCAGGCAGUCUUCCUUUGAUGAAUAUUGUUCACCCUCUUCUUCUUUUUCUGAAGUGGACUCCUUACCUCGAAAGAAGGAAGUUACAGAUUUGAAUUUGAAAGUUUCACAGUUGUCUAACCAACAAGUAUCAAUGAAGAAUGAAAUUAAGGAACUGUCGAACAGUCUAGAAGCUAAAAACAAAGAUUAUGAAAAAAUCAAGUCUGAAAAUGCUAUCUUGCAACAGCUUAAUCAUGAGCUUGAUUCUGAAAGAAAGCAAUUAAGACAGUUACUUGCUUAUGAAAGAGAACAUAGAGUAAUUACAGAGAAGAAAUCUGUUCAGCUUAUAAAAUGCAUGAAAGCUAAGCACAGACAAGAUUCCCUUCGUUUAAAAGCAAAAAGUCAAGAAUAUAAUAAGGGUGAAAAUGAAAAUUGUUCUAUAGAAGAGCAACUUGAUAUUGCUCUCUCUAAGAUUGAAGAAUAUGUUGCUGAAAAAGUUGAAUUAUUGGAAGAUUUGCAAGAAACAAGAAACAUGUUAUUAGAAUGCCAAAAGAAGCUGGCAGAGCAUGAACAUCUUUUCAGUUCCUGUAAUUCAAAUUUGGACAAUGAUACAAGUCUCGGGGAGUCUGAAAAAUCAGACAAUAUAUCAAGCACUUCAAAUACUUUUCCAAUUAAAGAAGACUAUACGAAGUUAAUAGCUAAACUGGAGAAAAAGAACGUUCAACUAGAGCAUGAUUUGGAAUCUGCAAUGUGUGCCAAGAAAGAAGCAGAAGCACAAUGUGUAGCUUUUAAAAAUGCUCUUCUUCAGCUUGAAAAUAACGAGAAGCACAGUGAGAAGAAAACUCUUGAUAUUUCCUGUUAUACUCAGGCAUUUGAAGCCACUGAAGUAAUAAAAGCACUUGAGAAGGAAGUGGAAAGUAAGAAAAAUACAAUCACUGAAUUACAGACCAAAUUAAGCAAUAAAGAAGAAUCUUUUAUGAAUAUUAAGAAACAACUUCAGGAAGCUGAUGGAAACAUUACUACUCUUAAUACUGACAAACAAAGACAAAAUAAUCAGCUUAAUCUUCUAACCGAAGAAAUCGCCAUGUUGAAAAAUAAAUACUGCAUUGAGAGUUGUUUACAAGAGAAUCAGAAAAAUACAUCGCCAGAAAUUCCAGUGUUUGAAAUCAGGAAGUCUCAGCAGUUUUGGGAACAAAAAGUGCUUCAAGAUAUUACAGAUAAGCAAGGACAGCAUUCUGCUCCCAGUAUGAAGCAAGAAAAUGAAAAUUUGAAACUCAAAAUUGGAACUUUAGAAAAGGAGCUUAAAAAGUUAAAAGAAGAUUAUGAAAGUAAAGAAAGUUCAUAUAAAGACUUCAAUAAGUGUUUGCUUGAGAAAGAGAAUGCUCUAUCCGAAGUCAAACUUGAUUUAAAGAUUUCAACAAGAAAAGAACAACAAGCUGAAGCUCUUGUAUCCAGCCUUCGAGAACGAAACAAAGAUCUACGUGAACAAAUAAGGCAACUGGAAGAUACAAUUAUGGAAAAAACAAAAGCUGAAGAUGUGUUAAUGCAGCAAUUGGAAUCUCUAAAGCAAGAAGUGCUUGAAAAAACAGAGCUUCUCCAAAAGAAAGAAAAAACAUUUGAGAUUAAUAAAGCCAUAUUGGAAGAAAGGGUGAAAGUUAUCCAGGAUACCUGUGAAACAUCAAAAGGCAUCAAUGAGAAGUUUGCUAAAAGUCAAGGUCAAUAUGAAGAAUUAGUUAAACAAAAUACAAAUUUGACAAAAGAGUGUGAAGAAAAAGGAAACACUGUUAUGAAGUUGCUAGAAGAAGUGAAAUCUUUGAGAAAUGAACUUAAUCAAAAGCAAAAAGAAUGUACUAGAUAUGAAAAGAUAAGCUCUGUUCUCAAAAACACCUCUAUUGAAAUGGAAGAAGAAUUGAAGGAUCUUGUAGUUAUUGUGGAAACCCGAGAUAAGAUGAUCUCUGACCUUAAUGCUGAAAGAAAAGUGUUAGAAGCUACCAUUAAAAAACUUCAAGACAACUUGAAGCAAGAUGAUGAUAACUUAAAAGAAGAGCAUAGAACAAAAGACGAUCUAAUGAAACACAUCGAGGAACUAACGUCAGAAAUGAAGAACCAAAAUUUAGUUCAUGAAGCUGAACUGCAAAACUUUGAAGAUCAGUUAUCUUUUUAUAAGAAGAUGAUUGAGGAUUUGGAACAGCAAAAUACUCAACUUAAGAAAGAAUUUUCUUUAGUGGACAAAGAUACAAAAUCAUACAGCGAAAAAAUACUGAGCUUAGAAAGUCAAUUAUGUGAAAUCAAAGAAGAAGCUGCAAGACAUAUUACUCAGAUUUCUUCAUUAAAGAAAAACAACCUGAACCUCACCCAAGCUCUCAAUGAUGCUUUAGAAAGUCAGAAUGGUUUGAAGAAAAAUAUUGAAGAAUUGUACAAUGAAUUAGAAAGAGAGAAGGCAAAUCAUGUUCAUGAGAAAGUAAAACUUCAAGGUACAAUUUCUCAACAAACAAAGUUAAUAGACUUUUUGCAAGCCAAAGCAGAAAAUAUGGAAAAGAAAAAGAAGCCCCAUCUUACUCGGCUCUUUGGUAAAAAGGACAGUACUACUCCUAUACAAUCCAGAGAUGUUGAAAAACUUCUUGAAACCGAGAGAAGCCGUUGUCGAAGACUACAAGAUCAACUAAGUCAGGCCCGGGCAGAAAAUAUGGCCUUGCAACGAGAAAUUAGUAACAUUUCCAAGCCAUCUGCAUCCUCCGUUGUUGAAGUUCCAGUCUCACCGAAAUCUCGAGCAAUGCAUUCGGCCAUUACUUUUUCUCCCACUUCCAAAGGACAAGAAAGUCCGGUACUUCACUCACGAGAACUUGCAGGGAAAUUUACAAAACCUCCAGGAAUGAAGCAUAAAAUUCCUCACAGAUUCACAGAAGUUCUAUCCAUGAGAAGCAUCAAGUGUUGUGCAUGUCUGGAUUCAAUUCAUUUUGGAAGACAUGUUGCUAAAUGCCAAGAUUGCUCUAUCGUGUGUCAUCGUGCUUGUGCUACAUCACUGCCAAGUACUUGUGGAUUGCCUUCAGGAUUUUUACAACAUUUUAAGACUGUUGUUGAUUGCCCAUCCAAAAGCGAUUCUGAGGCUGAUGUAGCUGACUUGUCAGAAGGAUGGAUUAAGAUGCCCAAAGCCAACAAACAAGGAUGGGACAGGCGAUAUUUGAGGAUCAAGAACAAUGAACUAUACAUUUUUGAAAAUGCAGAAGAAUCGGAUCCUAAGAAAUCACUUCUUACCCUAGACUUCAGUUCUUCUGUAGCUCGUAUAGCUGUCACCUCUGCAGUAUCGGCUACAGAGUUGCCUCAUGCUGCUAGCUCAGACUUGUUAUAUGUUUUAAAGUUGGAAUAUUUUCCUCAUACAACCUGCUGGCCUCAAAGGUCUCUUUAUUUCAUGGUCAGCAAUUUUAACGAAAAACAAAUGUGGGUGUCUGCAUUGGAGAAUUUAGCGGAGACUAAUCAGAUGGAAUUAGAAAACCCACAUAACAACAAACUAAAUGGAAAGAAUUUGUUAACGUUGAAAGGAGAUAACUUGAUUGAUCCUUUAUGCACUUUACUCUUAGAUGAAGAUAUUAUUCUUUUGGGUGCCACAGAUGGAUUAUAUAUGCUCAAAAUCAUCAAUGAAUACACUUGUUCUUUCAAAUCAAAAGUCAAAGGAGUUGAUUGUGUUUACCAAAUGAGCCACAUUAAGAAUCUUGGAAUCCUGGUUUUGAUAGAAGGUGAUAGCCGAAAGCUGACCUACAUUGAAGAUGAUAAUAUCCAAACUUUAUCUAUCAAAUCAAACCAGGAGCUACAAACAAAGCCUGUCGCUAACAUUGAAAAUUGUCACCUUUUUUCUACUACUAAUGCUGAUUACAAAGGUUCUGCAUGCCUCUGCAUUGCAACUUCCAAGUCCGUCAUGAUCUACCAAUGGGAUCCUUAUUUCAAACUGUUCUGUGCUAAGAAAACCGUGGAAACAAAUGAACCAUGUAGCUGUAUUCUCUUUGCUGAAAGUAGCGUAAUUUUUGGGACGGACAGUUUUUAUGAACUGAGUUUGAAUAAUUAUUUAUUAAAAAAAUUUCUGGAUUUAAAAGAUGAAAGCCUGACCUUUAUAAUUUAUGGGGCUUCACAAUUUCGCAGUUUCCCAAUUGCUAUAUUUUCUUUAUCAAGCUCAAAUAAGCCUCAAGAAUAUCUUUUGUGUUUUCAUGAAAUGGGAGUAUUUGUAAACGGUUCAGGACAAAGAACAAGACCUGAUGACAUGAAAUGGUCUAAGUUGCCCUUGUCGUUUGCAUACCAGUCGCCUUAUCUUUUCAUUGUACAUUUUCAUUCCGUUGAAGUAAUUGAAAUUCCACCUGCUUCAGUUUCUGAAAGUGGCUUGCAUGCUGUAUUGAAAGUUCAUAGCCCUCAAUACUUGGGUCCAGCCCAUUUGGAACAGUCUAUUUAUAUAUCUUCAAAUAAAGAAUCAGUCGUAGAGUUUAUGUUAGUGGAUGGCAGAGCCAUUGGCCAGUCAGCAUUUGACUUUCUGGAUACUGAUACAGCUGCAGAAUCUUACAGCCCAAAUAGUUCUAGCAAAACUAGUAUUGAAGGAAGUGAUGCUCUGGAUUUUUCUUUCACGGAUUCCAUUGAUGCAACUUUGCAAAACCCAUCUGAUGGAACUUCUCUUUGUUCAAAAACAUCCGAUGAAUACUCUAGUGCAAGAAGUUGACAGCUAAAGUUUCCUGCACCUUAUGGAAUUUACUCCAGUGUCUCGAAUUUUUAUACCGAGUUUUAGUUUUAUGCUAUUUAGAUCCAUGUAAAAUAUUUUAAUGUGUAUGAUUAAUUUAAAA